AUGUCAACCUCUCUACUAGACCUUAGCGAUGAGGUGCUUCAGCUCAUCAGUCAAUAUGUCAACCAAGACGAUUCCAUACCCAUACCCUCAUUCGCCCCUCAUUGGAAAUUGACAACGAACAUUCAGAUCGCUACCGCAACUUCUCGAGAUAUUCGAGCUUUCAGAGCUACCUGUAGAAGGCUCAGAAAUGCGUGUACGCUCAAAGGUCUGCAUGUGGUACUGGGAAGGACCAAUGGUACAAUCUCAGCCGGGCGGUGGGAUGACAGCCUAGCAGGAGAUAUGAGAAAGGCCACCAGCCGUAUUUGCAUUGACGUCCCCACAUCCUCACUGGAAUCCGGUCUCCAGACAUGGUCAGAUUGCGCUAGCUGCCUAGAGGUGUUUAGCAAUAUAGAAGAAAUGAUCAUUAAGAAAGGUCCUCGUUGUCAUCACAUCCCGAACGACCAGACGCACACACCGGUAACUCAAGGAUUCAGCCGAUACAUGCAACCUUGGAGCACUCAAAGCUCGUUCGAUCAGCUGACAUCCCUAUCCGUCGAAGUUGAUUGUCCAGAUUGCUCUUUCGGUUUUCCGACUUUCUUUCUACCUUCAUUCCCAAAGCUCAAACACCUCAAAUUUUAUCUCUCACCCUCUUCAAACACUACUUCAUGGGACCCUUCAAAGGACUUUAGAUUGCUCUUCGAGGGACCUAACAGCAGCGAGGAGAAAGGUUGCUUGGAACUGGAAACGCUGUAUCUACGAUACCCCUGGUCGUCCCGAGGAAACAUAUGGAAGAAUUGGGGGAAAAUAAUCAAGGAGUCGUUCAGUCUCUUUCAACAUUUAAGAGAUUUCCAAAUCACCGCAUUCAACGAUAAGAGGGAAUUGGCCUUUGGGACAUAUCUCAUAUGCUCGAGGGACGAGACGGGAAAACCCAAUCUGGAUGCGAAGAGUGUGGAAAAGGGCAGAGGAAAAGAAUGGAAGUUUGAAGUGAUGAAUCUGGAAGAUGGGGAUUGGCGGAAUUCAUGGAGUCUUGAACAAAUGAUGACGUACCUCUCACCACCCCAAACCCUCAAGCUAUUUGACCCGGUCAUCGUAAUCCAGCCAGGCGAAUCGCGGCCUCAUCAUCUUACAUCUCCUAAGGGUACCAGCCACCAGAAAUCUGUAUACCACGAUACUCACUCAUAUGAGGAGACAAGGUAUGACAGCUUACUCAAAAAGUAUGAAUCUCUGUUGAAGAGGCAAAUGACAGCUGCUGCGGAAGAAUUGAUAGAUCUGGUACCUUCUUUCGAGGAAGGUGCAUUUUGGGAAAGAGGUACGGAGAUAUCGUAUGAUGAUUGGUAUAGAUGGACUUGGGCGAAGGUUGUAGAUGAUAACGGGGAGGUGAAAGUGCAAGUGGUGGAUAAACCUUUUGUUUUGAGUAAAAAAAGCAUAAAGGCGAAAUAA